GUGGAGGACUGCAUGCGAGGCAACCUGGCCGCGCCGCGGAAGCGCAAUCGACACUCCUGUCACCGGGCUCAGCCGGCUCAGCAGACCCUCCCGCCCUCCACAGCUCCAACAUGGCCAUGAUGGCGGAGAAGAACAUCAACUCGUCGUCGUUUAUGGAGAUGAUUGCGAAUGGAUACCACACCCACAUCAUAGACAAAAUCGACCCCCGCUCCGAGGACUGGCUUCUAGUGUCCUCACCGUUCGUGCCGUUGGGCAUCGUCACCGCGUACUUGCUGUUCGUGAAAAAACUGGGCCCCAGCUUUAUGGCCAAUCGCUCUGCGUACAGGAUUGAACCACUCAUCAUCCUCUACAAUGUCAUCCAAAUCGUUGCCUGUCUCUACAUCUUCAUUCAUGGAUUGACAAUGUGGCGGCAGCUGGGAUACAAUUUUACUUGCCAACCGGUGGAUUACACCGUUACCGAACAAAACAGAGCGGUGGCGAACUCGGUAUUUGGCUACUACCUCAUUAAAAUCUCAGACUUGGUCGACACCGUAUUUUUCAUUUUGAGGAAAAAGUUUAGCCACGCCUCGUUUCUGCAUGUGUACCACCAUGCGGGGAUGGUCAUUGUAGGAUAUCUAGCGUGCAAAUUUUCGCUCAAUGGCCAUUUCGUCCUGCUAGGAAUCGUCAACUCCUUCGUGCAUGUCUGCAUGUAUUCUUACUACUUGGCGACUGCGAUGUGGCCUGAGACCAAACCAUCACUAACCGUUAAAAAGACCCUCACCAUCAUCCAGUUGGUGCAAUUCUACGUCCUCCUGAUCCACGAAGCCCUGCCGCUCUUGCAACCCAACUGUGACGUACAGAAGCACUGGGCCGCCGCCCUCGUUGUGCAGUACACCUUCAUGAUCGCCCUCUUCACGGACUUCUACAAGAAGGCCUACUCCGGAAAAAAGAAAACGGCUUGACACACUCUUUUGGACACCGACCAAAAUACUCUCAGACUCGCCUGGACGUAACUAACAAUUGUCAAUAGUAAUAAUAGUGAUAAUGUUAAUAAAUAACUUUUAAGGAA